UUGAGUAAAUAGCAUUAAAGAUACUCCUUUUUUAUAUUCAUAAACUAGAAUCAAGGUUGUGUUCUAUGGUUGUGCCGGGGUUGACAGCUACUUCAUAUUACCGAUUGUUUUAAAAUUUAAAAAAUUAAAAAUUCUAAAGACAUGACCAGACAAAAUGAGAAUAAGUGGUCUAACUAUGCGUUAAGAAUUAUAGUAAACACGGCAUCACAUCCAUUUGAAUACGCAAAAGUUUUAAUUCAGAUUGGAUAUGAACCAAUUCCCCCCCGACCAACAACAACAUUUUUUGGGAAGCCAGCUUUAAAAUUACCAAAUAUCUUUGAAUAUGUGAAACAUAUCAAAUCCGUGGAUGGUAUUUCGGGUUGUUAUAGGGGCCUCGGGCCCAAAGUAUGUGGAAAUUUAUUGAGUGCUGUUGUGACUCAGAAGAUUAUUGACUCCAUGGAACCUACCGACAAUGAAAAUGAAAACGAACAAGAACCUGAAGAUAUAAGGUGGAACAAGUAUUUAAAGUCAGUUAAAUGUGAUUUACUGACGCAUUCAGCUGCCAUAAUUGUAAGUCAACCAUUCCAUGUUAUUACUGUAAGAAUAAUGGCACAAUUUGUUGGAAGGGAAUCCAAAUAUGUUGGAAUCUUGGGUUCAAUAAGAGAAGUUUACCAACAAAAUGGGGUGCUUGGUUUCUUUAGUGGCCUUAUACCAAGAUUAUUGGGAGACGUAAUAUCCCUAUUACUUGCAAGCUCACUAACUUAUGCCCUCAAUACUUAUUUAGUUGAGGAAAAAGAAAUGCAAGUCUACACUUCUGCAACCAUGUCGUUUUUGGCUACAGCAAUUACUUAUCCCUUCCAAGUAGUCUCAAACUGCAUGUCAGUAUCUAAUUCAGGAUUAAUGGCUGGUUCUCCAAACUUUAUGCCACAUUAUGGAUCAUGGGUGGAUUGUUGGAGAGACUUGUCCAGUCGAAAUCAAUUGAAACGCGGAUCUAGUCUGUUAGUUCGUUACUAUGUUGGCCCCCAUAUUAUAAUUGCUGGACAGGCUAUGCAAGUACCAACACAAAUUAAAUUGUAAUAAAUGUUGCUAAAAUUAUAUUGAUUUUUUCAAUAAUUCUGUAGUUCUCUUUAUUAUUCGUUUUUGAAUGCAUUUAAUUGUAAAUACCUCAAAAUUGUUGCUUAGUGUUGAAUAAAUUACCAAGUUUA